AUGGGGCCGAGCGGCCGAGCAGCGGUGGCCACCGGGCUGUGGGUCUUGGUGACGGUGGGCGUGGCGGCGGACCCGGUGGUGCAGGCGCCCCGACGCUGCCUCCUGUCACACUAUCGCUCGCUGGACCCCAGGGUGCUGGAGGCGGUCAAGGCGCUGAGGGACCGCUACGACGAAGACACGCUGAGCUGGAGGCCGCGCAACUGCUCCUUCCGACCGUGCUGGGUACGGCGGGCGGGCUGGGUGGGAGCCGAGCCGGGAGAGGCCGAGCAGCUGGUGGGGAGUUUCUCAGGAAGGAAAAGCAGACUCAGCCCGCUCGGUCCCCGUCGUGUGUUCCAGGAAUCGCCUCAGUGCCACGAAGCCUCCGUCAUCUUCAACCUUCUGCGUCUGCUUACGUGGGAUCUCAAACUGGUGGCCCAUUCUGGACCUUGUGUCUUAUCUGCGGCACCUCGGCCUGGGAUGGAAAGCUCUCUAUGCCAUUGGCUGCCAGGCGCGGACUCACCCCAUUGUCAGCCAAUGGGCGCUGGAGGCAAGAGACACUCUCCGUUACCAUUGGCCGACCUUCGAGCCCUGGUGUUAGAGGAGCCCUCCCGGGAUGCAGAGGGCUGCCACAUCGCCCAGUUCAAGUCUCUGUCCUCACUUGAGCGGCAGGCCUCCAAGAGGGCCAAGGACGCCUUUGUAUGGGAGUACCGUGUGGCCUUGGAGGCUGAGCUGGCCCUGACGCUGAAUAGCCCCAAUGGCCCUGUGGUGGUUGGGGGAGUUGUCUUCACCCAGGUGUCCCAACUUCUGGCUUCGCUGUAG